AACAGUUGUUUAUCUCUUGUAGCCUUUUAAUUGAUCAAAAUCUGCUUCAGGUGUCAGAUGUGCAACUUUGUCUUUGGGGGAAAUUUUGGGUGACAGUGUUCCUUGGCGUCUCCUCACUGUCCAAUCAGCUUUGAGUUUCUGGUUACUUCCUGGUUACUUAAGGAACUGUUGCUAUGGAGAUGACACCAACAGUUGUGAACCCGGAUCCUCCACAUCGGGACAGGUGAUUCUCUCCAGAUGUUUUAUAUGAUUCAGUGGUGAACUUGUUGUGGAAGUCAGGGGAUGCAGGUGCAGUCGGUUCCCCUCGGCUCGGUCACCAUCGGCCCGCUGCCUUGGCGCGAUGGGACGGUUCGCUCCAUCCGGCGUGCGGAGCGCCUGGUGCGGGAGACUCGCGGCCGGACCCGGGGCAGCAGCGCCGGCUUCACCCCGAAACGCACAGCGGAAACAACCAGUGGAGAUAAGAUGACAGAGGAGGAAAGAGGAGGAGAGAGUCGUGACUGCAAAAACAAGAUGUCCAGGCCCCAAACUACAGGAGGCAUGUUCCCCAGUUCGUCCCUGAGGACGUGUGUGGCCCCGUUUCCGCCGACCAGCUUGCGUGAGCAGUGCGCCGGGGCUAGCGGUGCCGUGGCCGGUGAGUACAUGCGCAGGGUGCGGGAGGUGGAGGGCCACCUGAGAAGGCAGGCCGGCAGGGUCACCCAGGAGGGCGUGAAGCUGGAGCGGGAGAGGGGUCACCUGGAGAGGAUGCUACGCAGCAUCAGCACCGAUCUGACCGUCAACAGGAAGAGCUCGCAGGGGAGGAAGAGGAGACCAGCCAGUGCUGAGACGGAGAGAGACGGUGCCGAUUACUUGCUGCUGUGUGAGAGAAGAGAGCUGGUGGAGCUGAAACAAGAUCUGGAGGCAGCGCUGAGAAAUGCACUGACCCAGCUACAGGCUCUGGGGCAGAGCAGCAGACGGCUGCUGGACUGUGCCGCUGAGAGAGCUCGUGUCCUGGAGCUGCUGCCUCACAGCGGCUCGGCUGCAGGACGCAUCAGCACUGCUCAGACCUUCACCAAAACAGACCCCGUCAGCCCCUUUACACCUGAGUGUGAACAGGUUUUAGAGUCGUCCACUGUGACGGUCAACCAAUCACAGCUACUGAGGGAAACCAUCAGACAGAUGCUCACCAGCGCCAUCGCCAGGCAGAAAGCUGCCCACUGCACCGUCAACGAUGGCCUAGUGAAGAAAAUUGCAGAGACAGUCACUCUGCAGCAAAACCUGACGUUGAUGUGUGCAGCCACCAGACAGGCCGCGUUCCGCAAGCAGAGGGAAAUCAACUGUAUCCGUCACAGCCACGACAGAGCGCAGGGUCCAGAGUCCAGCGGGGACACACUGUCCAGAGAGAAACUCAACAGGCCUCUGGUGCAGGUUUAUCAGAGACACCCGGGGACUCAGUUACCUGAGGCUGCACAUCUCAUACAGGGCAGUGCAGUGCUCAGACAGUGCCUCAGGUCCUCUGAGGGCGAGCUGGCGAAGCUGCAUUGUGCCUGUUUACAGCUGCUGGACGACCUGCACGGCAAGAGAGCAGCAGCUCAGGUGGAUGCAGGUGUGAUUCGCAUGAGGCGUCAGCAGGUCGACAAGCGAGCCAUGCCUUCUCUACUCCAGCAGGGGGCAUCCAGAGGCCAAGUCCCCUUGUCCUAUGUGGAGUAGAGCUGCAGCGAGCUUGAGUACAGAUGGUAGAGCUAAUUCAAUGUGUGGUGACAACAGGAAGCUGUGUGCAAGAAUAUUAGGUAAAAGCUGCAGAGCUAUGUACAUUUACCCCUGUGUACUUUAGUUUUGUUCGGGGCCAUUUCCUGGUUUACCCAGUUUGGUCUGUUUCCCCCCCCUUUAGUGCAGUAAAACCCUGACAUGUAUUAAAAGCUAUAAGUACUUUAAAGUGUUUCAGGAUUUGUAAACAGUGACUCAAGAAAAACUACAACAAAUUCAGUCACAUAUUUCUAAAUCAUUUUAACGGCCUGUGUUUAUGUGACUGAGAGAAUCUUAAUUGUCCUGAUG